CCGCCCGUUUGGUAAACAAGUUUUGUUUCUACGCAAAAUUGUAUCUGAGAUUUGUAUGGUUUUACAGUUGAAACUGCUGAUUGUGAUUCAGAUUCACAAACGAUGAUCGAAAACGAAUAUGUGGAGAAUGUGGCUGCGUCGUUGGUCCGAGAAUAUCUUAGUAGAAAGGGACUUAAAUCGAGUCUUUCAUCAAUGGAUCAAGAAAUGCCAAGGGGAGAAGGUAGCAUCAGCAACAGAGCGCAGUUAGCAAGGGAAGUAAACAUUGAGAGGCUACUCAAGAAAAAUAAAGAGCAUUCCUAUCCGCUACGAUCCAUGAUUGAAAUCAUCACCAAAUAUUUUCUAGAGAGGGCGCUAAACUCUUCUUCUAAAUCAGACUACGUCCCGCUUCAAUCAUCAUCAUCUGGGUCAUCAUCAAAGACAAGAGACAGUGCGCCCUCUUCAGAGGAAAUCAACAACAGUAGCAGUAGUCAAAAGAGCAGAGGGAGUAAGAAAACUUCUCCAACUAAGCCAGCUAAAUCGUCACUAUAUGAUAUGAAUGAGCUCGAACCUGGGCUGGGCCUGCCUCAAGAAGACGUAGGCGGUACUUACAGACCAAAUAGAGUCCCUACCCCGGUCAUUACAAUGAGGGAACGACCGAUGGUCAAAGAACCUGAGACCUAUCCAGGCUCUGCAGAAGAGAGACUGAUUGGGAAACCAUACAAUGGUAGCAGCAGUGGGAUUACUGUCAAAGAAGAAGCCGUACCAAAGAGGAGUAGUGCUCGACCAGGAAGUGCCUCUAGGAGUAGAGGUCUUGGUGGUCCGAUAACUAGCAGCCUUGAUAGCUCUGACAGGAGGAAAUCAUCAAAGAAAGCAACACCAGCUAAGACAAACUUCAACUCGUCCCUUGAUUCAAGUCGUGAUAUCAAACUUGAUUCUGAGAAACCCUCAGCAAAUCGCAACCGUCUCAAAGAUCUAGGCUUCAACUUUGACCCACCAGUCUCAAAAAACUCUGAAAAUGAUGAGUCCAUCAUUAAAACUGAGACAAGACGCCCAGAGUCUAGAAACCGCAGGUCUGUGACGGAGAUGGAAGGCGAGAAUGUAGACGGAGGAAGGGAGAGAAGUAAUUCUGCAUCCGGGAGACCUAGACCAGAAUCAGGGAGAACAAAAGUGACGACAUCCAAGGGGAAAGUAGAGACAGAAAAGGGGAGAGUCUCGACAGUGAAGCAGACCCUCGGAGACAUAGAGUUGGGAGAUAUAGAUGACCUUGAUGAUGAUCUUAAUAAUUUGCAGCUGAGACCCACAGUCAAAACUACUACAAAAGUGGCAGAUUCAAGACCCAUCACGCAACAGCAGGCAAUUGAUCUGAAGAAUCUGUUGUUUGGUUCUACGUCUGGCUCUUUCAACGAGGAAUGGAAGAUGCAAGGGCUUGGAUUUAAUGACAUCAACAAGUUGGAGUUUGGUAUCGUACAACACAAGGGUGGACCGUGUGGUGUAUUGGCAUCCAUCCAAGCCUGCAUUAUGCAACAUUUACUCUUUGGAGAAAACAAGAUCUCCACUGUAGCCAGUUUACAGCCAACAAGUCGAGAAAGAAGUCAGUGUUUAGCUUUGGCUCUUUGUGACAUUGUAUGGAGAGCAGGAGAAAAGAAACACGCCAUCAUUGUCACACUCUCAUCAAGGUCACAAUUUACUUCUUCAGGGAGAUACAAAAAUGACGGACUCACAGAAAAUCUGGUUCUAAAUCACUUCAAGAAGAAAGAAGAACUGCUGGAGUUUGUUUCGGCUCAUAUCGGCGUUUAUGAAUCCAACACAUGCAGUGGUUGUAUACUGGCUCUGUACUCUACAAUAUUUUCAAGGACCAUAGAGAAGGUCAUUGGUGACAUGGAUGAGCCAACCAACAAGCUGAUGGGAGCGCAUGGCUAUUGUACACAGGAUAUGGUCAACCUCAUUCUCACAGGCAGAGCAGUCUCCAAUGUCUUCAAUGAUGUGAUGGAGUUAGACUCUGGGAGUGAGGAUAAGAUGAUACUGAGAGGUGUGAACAGCCGGAGUGAUAUUGGACUACUCUCGCUGUUCGAACAUUACGGGUCGGUCAAGGUUGGGAGUAAUUAUAAGACGCCGCGUAAUCCAAUCUGGGUCGUCUGCAGCGAGAGUCAUUUCAGCGUUCUGUUCUGCUUAAAGAAAGAGUUGCUCGGUGAUUGGAAGGUGGAACGUCGUUUUGAUCUGUAUUAUUACGACGGAUUAUCAAGACAGCAGGAUGAGAUUAGGCUGAGUAUCGACACAACUCAGAACUGCCCAGAUCACAAUGAUGACGACCUUGUACCUCCACUUGAGCACUGCAUCAGAACCAAGUGGCCAGAUGCUGUGGUAAACUGGAAUAAUACAGAGCCAAUCUUAUAGACGAUGUGACCUCUAUUUACAUUCAAACCGCCCUCUGUUGACAAAACACUGUCCAAGUCAUGUUUCUCCGGGCAAAAAGACGCGUAGUCAUGGUAAGAUUGUGUGUACUUCCUAACUGGCUGC